AUGGGAACGUUUGUGCAUGAAAAUUCUUGGUUGUCACNGUCUGAUUCCGAUCGCGUAAAGAUCAAAAAGGCUCUUAGAGGGGUGAAAGUCGACAUAACGCACCGGGGUAAUGUAAGGCGUAAGUAUCGUAUUUCGGGGCUAACGUCACAGCCUACAAGAGAACUAGUGUUUCCUGUUGACGACAACUCGACCAUGAAGUCGGUUGUCGAGUACUUCCAGGAGAUGUAUGGCUUCACCAUCCAACAUGCUCAUCUGCCUUGCCUCCAAGUAGGAAAUCAGAAGAAGGCCAAUUAUUUACCAAUGGAGGCUUGCAAAAUUGUUGGGGGACAAAGGUAUACAAAGAGAUUGAAUGAGAAACAAAUAACUGCACUUCUGAAAGUCACAUGUCAAAGACCGAGGGAUCGAGAAAACGACAUUCUGAAGACUGUUCAACAUAAUGCCUAUAACAACGAUCCUUAUGCAAAGGAGUUUGGGAUAAAUGUUAGUGAAAAGAUGACUUCUGUUGAAGCUAGAAUUCUUCCUCCUCCAUGGCUGAAAUACCAUGAUACUGGAAAAGAGAAGGAUUGCUUGCCUCAAGUGGGUCAAUGGAAUAUGAUGAAUAAGAAAAUGAUUAAUGGAAUGACGGUUAGUCGGUGGGCGUGUAUCAACUUCUCUAGGAGCGUGCAGGAGAGCGUUGCUCGUGGAUUUUGUUCUGAACUUGCUCAAAUGUGUCAAGUUUCUGGAAUGGAAUUCAAUACAGAACCAGUUAUUCCAAUAUACAAUGCUAGGCCAGAACAAGUAGAGAAAGCUUUGAAGCAUGUUUAUCAUGCUUCCAUGAACAAGACUAAAGGAAAAGAGUUAGAGCUAUUAUUAGCUAUCUUACCCGACAGUAACGGAUCGCUUUACGGUGAUCUUAAGCGAAUCUGUGAGACGGAUCUUGGUUUAAUAUCACAAUGCUGUCUUACAAAACAUGUGUUCAAGAUUAGUAAGCAAUAUCUUGCUAAUGUUUCACUGAAGAUCAAUGUCAAGAUGGGUGGUAGAAACACUGUUCUUCUAGAUGCUAUCAGCUGCAGGAUACCGCUC